CUUCAAUUCACUGCUCUCUCUGCCUCCUUCCAGCGCUCCUUCGGAAAACUUUGUUUCUCGAGGCUUCGUCCCCGCAUCUCCGGCGAGAAUGGCUCUGCCGAACCAGCAGCAAGUUGAUUACCCGAGCUUCAAGCUCGUUAUCGUUGGCGAUGGAGGCACUGGGAAAACCACAUUCGUCAAGAGACAUCUGACUGGAGAGUUUGAGAAGAAAUAUGAACCAACCAUUGGUGUGGAAGUUCAUCCAUUGGAUUUCACCACCAACUGUGGAAAGAUCAGGUUCUACUGCUGGGACACAGCUGGGCAAGAGAAAUUUGGCGGUCUUAGAGAUGGAUACUACAUCCAUGGUCAAUGUGCUAUUAUCAUGUUUGAUGUUACAGCUCGAUUGACCUACAAGAAUGUUCCUACUUGGCAUCGUGAUCUCUGCAGGGUGUGUGAAAAUAUACCCAUAGUUCUGUGUGGAAACAAGGUUGAUGUAAAGAACAGGCAGGUGAAGGCCAAGCAGGUUACUUUCCACAGGAAGAAGAACCUGCAGUACUAUGAAAUUUCUGCCAAGAGCAACUACAAUUUCGAGAAACCUUUCCUGUAUCUUGCCCGCAAGCUUGCUGGGGAUCCCAAUCUUCACUUUGUUGAGGCCGUUGCUCUUCGACCCCCAGAAGUACAAAUUGACAUGGCUACGCAGCAACAACAUGAAGCUGAACUUGCCCAAGCUGCUAACCAGCCUCUUCCUGAUGACGAUGAUGAUGCAUUCGAUUAGAGCGGUGUAUUGUGAAAAGCUGGAUCCCCUUGUGCAGGUUUCUCUGGCACUAUGUUAUGGUCAUCUCCUGAGUUUUCUCUCUUCGCGGUGGGAUGUGCCCAUUUGUUGCUGUUAUGAGAACCUUUUGAAAGACUCUAGUGUAGUCAUAGGGGGAAUUCGGGUUGAGGAGGUUGUGCACUUUUUCUCUAUAGUAGAGUGGGAUUUGUGCUUUGGUUUGUGAUGGAUGUUUGAUUGGGAACCUCGAGUUCUUGGAACUGGUAUAAUUGGGAAGACGGGGAGUGUUUUGAGAUAUAUUUUCCUUCGCGUUUCUCUGCCUCGUAUUAAUGUGGAUCGGUUCCCAGUGGGCCUGGCCUGGUUACUGAAUGACCUCGACCCGGUCACUAGAUGAACAUCUGACACUGACAGACUUCUUAUUGGAUAUUGGCCUGGAUUUUUUCCCGUUCCUAUUUAUGGGCUCCGUUAUUGGGCUGGAAGAAAGCGACCUCACAUCUGCAUAACUGCAACCACAUUCAACCAUCUUCCCACAACACCCACUCGGCCCCUCUUGCUAACUAGAAGUAAUACCAUACCAUACCAGCAAUGCAAUUCUGUGUUCGGAUCACGACGAGUCCUUCUGUAGGUCUAACGACACAAUACAAUGACGAGACUCGCGCUCCAAAUUCGGACAUUCAUGACAUGUGAUGUGAAAGCCAUAUGAGUGAGUAUAUGGCAACCUUGAGUACCCAACUUGCCCUGUGUCUGUGGAACAGGAUAUACUUAUCCCCUCCAUUCUUGGAACCACUUCUUCACAUCUGUCCCUUUCCAUGUCGACUCGUUGCUACCCUACUGCCAGUUUCUUCACUGCACCCUAACAAGGCCGGAGGAAGAAACAAGGCAGUGGCUAGGCAGCAUGUUGACAACAUUGUGGGGGUGGGGGCUUUAGAUCUAUUGUAGGACACUGUCCCUUGAGUGUUUUCAGGUGGUAAAUUUAAAUUGAAUGAAUUGCCCCUAAAAAAGCCCCACAGUGAGGUGGGUUCUGGAUGGUCGGAGUGGAUUGGCUUCUUUUCAAUUGGGUUUGUCUUUCUUUGGGCUUUUAAGGGUCUGGGGAGUGAGAGUGGGUAGUCCUAAGUCCUAAGUCCUUUGCCCUUCUGGAGGGACAGCCCCGGGAGCCCGGAGCCACAUUUUCCCUUCACAAGUUUUAAAAGCCCUCCUUUGUUGUUAAACGCGUGGAUGGAUUUGUGCGGAUUUUGAAGAAGAAAAAAAACCCUUAUUAGUUUUAAAGAACACACAUACAAAUAUACAAUGCAAUAUGACUAUCCAUUGUUCACCAGAUUAUUGAGAUGUAAAACAAUAUAAUUAUUAUGUAUCUUAACUACAGUGUCGAAACAAUGUGUGACACGUGUGCAAUCAUUUUUAACUAUCGUCCUCGUCGACACUGCUACAUUAAAUGGUAAAUACAAAAUUACAAACCAUUUGAAACCAAAAGUUUAAUCUUACUAUACUCAAAACACAUCAACCACUGCAGAUCGAUCGGGAUACUCGACUUUCGUGAAUAUUCACCACAUACGUUGCGGUAUGCUGUCAACCUCAUAAAUGAGGCGAACAUGAGUCACUGGCACGAGAUAAAUUUAAUAUCCAAUCUGAAAGUGAUUGGCUGAGUCGGAUUUUUUAACAACCACCCCCACCUAUUGUAUUUGUAGAAUCGUCGAUAACCCCGUGAAAACAAAUCUAUUUCUCUCCUACUCUCCCAAUAGUAAAUGCACAUUUGUGCUCAAAGGUUCAACUUUCUUAUUCCCUAUCCAUCCCUCUCGAUCGGGGGGGUCUUUGGAUUUUCCCAAGAGCAUUGACUUACAUCUAUCUGAAUAUGUUCCAUAAUUCGGUAAUCAUGAAAAAUUAUAAAUAUUAAAUUUGCUG